AACAACCUCAUCAAAACUACUUUCUGGUCAGAGAGAAGCAAUAAUUAUUAUUAACAUUUAUUAACGAUCAAUAAACUUGAUUGCAUUAUGGCCAGCACUAUUAAGGAGGCCUUAUCAGUUGUGAGUGAGGACCAGUCACUAUUUGAGUGCGCCUACGGAACGCCACACCUGGCUAAGACAGAGAUGACUGCAUCCUCUUCCAGUGACUAUGGCCAGACAUCCAAGAUGAGUCCUCGAGUCCCUCAGCAGGACUGGCUGUCUCAACCCCCAGCCAGGGUCACCAUCAAGAUGGAAUGCAACCCUAGCCAGGUGAAUGGUUCCAGGAACUCACCCGAUGAAUGCAGUGUGAGCAAAGGUGGGAAGAUGGUGGGCAGCCCUGACACUGUGGGGAUGAGCUACGGCAGCUACAUGGAGGAGAAGCACAUGCCACCCCCCAACAUGACCACAAAUGAGCGCAGAGUGAUCGUCCCUGCAGAUCCUACUCUAUGGAGCACAGACCAUGUGCGACAGUGGUUGGAAUGGGCGGUGAAAGAGUACAGUCUUCUGGAUGUGGACGUCUUGUUAUUUCAGAAUAUUGACGGGAAGGAGCUGUGCAAGAUGACAAAAGACGACUUCCAGAGGCUCACUCCGAGCUACAACGCGGACAUCCUUCUCUCACACCUCCACUACCUCAGAGAGACUCCCCUUCCACAUUUGACUUCUGAUGACGUGGAUAAGGCUUUGCAAAACUCUCCACGGUUAAUGCAUGCCAGAAACACAGGGGGUGCAGCUUUUAUUUUCCCAAAUACUUCAGUAUAUCCCGAAGCUACGCAAAGAAUUACAACUAGGCCAGAUUUACCUUAUGAGCCUCCCAGGAGAACAGCCUGGACCGGCCAUGGCCACCCCGCCCCUCAGUCCAAAGCUGCUCAGCCAUCUCCUUCCACAGUGCCCAAAACUGAAGAUCAGCGUCCUCAGUUAGAUCCUUACCAGAUUUUGGGACCCACCAGUAGCCGCCUUGCUAAUCCAGGUAGUGGCCAGAUCCAGCUGUGGCAGUUCCUGCUCGAGCUGCUGUCCGACAGCUCCAACUCUAGCUGCAUCACCUGGGAAGGCACCAACGGGGAAUUCAAGAUGACAGACCCUGAUGAGGUGGCGCGGCGCUGGGGCGAGCGGAAGAGCAAGCCCAAUAUGAACUACGAUAAACUCAGCCGCGCCCUCCGCUAUUACUACGACAAGAACAUCAUGACCAAAGUGCACGGGAAACGCUACGCCUACAAGUUUGACUUCCACGGGAUCGCGCAGGCCCUGCAGCCCCACCCUCCCGAGUCAUCUCUGUACAAGUACCCCUCUGACCUCCCAUACAUGGGCUCCUAUCACGCCCACCCCCAGAAGAUGAACUUUGUGGCCCCGCACCCUCCAGCCCUCCCAGUCACAUCGUCUAGUUUCUUCGCUGCCCCAAACCCAUACUGGAAUUCGCCGACUGGGGGCAUUUACCCGAACACUAGGCUCCCGGCCAGCCAUAUGCCAUCUCACCUGGGUACUUACUACUAGAGACCAGAGGGAGGCCUUUCCCAACAGCGUACCAUCACCUAGCAGUCACCACAAACUCAGAGAACACACAUCGAAAGUGCCUCAUGAGGAACGAAAAAGGUUGACCAGAGCUGGGGAAGGAAGCCGGAAACCAAAGACUCACAAGGGAGGGUGGGCGUCACCCAAGUAUUACUACAGGAACAGAGGAAGCUCAAAAUAUAAUGAACAUGGACAUAUAACCUGUGGUCCACCCUUGUCAAAGACAUUGUAUGUAGAAAAGCAUGACAUGAUAGGGACAAACUGCCAAAGAAAGUGGCCUUAAGUAGUAUGUAAACGGUAGCGUGUGGGACCUUGCUUGGACCAGCCAGGAUUCAGUGAAAGCACUAGAGAUAACAAUAACAAAGUCUUGGCCUAACAUACCAUUUAGAUGUCAUUAGAAGGGAAACUACCUGUGUUUAGAAACAGAAACAUAUCAAAACCAAAUAAGACAAGAAAGAUGGCAGCCCCUCCACGAACCACACUGUGGAUUUUCUUGGCUGGCAUGUGCUGUUUUGGAUGAAGUCAGAUACUUUCCAUUUGAUAGAGAGCUACCAGCUCUGCCAGACUGUGAAGAUGACCCAAAGUCUCAUCUCCUUUUCAGUAUUACGGGAACUGUGAGCCACGUGGUGGGUAGGGCAUGUGUCUGGUGUGUGAGUAUGUGAUUAUAGAAACAAAAAGAGAGAGAGAGAGGUAGAA